AUGGUGCAAAGCAAGUUAUCCUUCCUCCGGAAGACCAGAACUUUCUCUCGCCUGGAAACAGAUGAAUCCCAGAACAGCCCUGCACAAUCCAGCUCUGCAGGUAACCGGCGAUCAUUCAACUCCCACCGCGACAAUGAACAGCAAAAUGGCGGUCUCAGCCCUCGAAAAUCCUGGACCAGCGUGACCAGCGUGACCAGCGUGUUCAGCAAUAUCCUCCCCAAGAACAAAACGAACAAACGUGGAAGCUCCGCAACAUUUGACGCCUCCAGUGCACCUCAGCCAAAGCCUGAAGCUAAGGAAACGACAGAAACCAAAGCCGAGGAAGAGGUUGUUGUCGAGCACCGAGUCCAAGAGAAUCCAGAUCUUGAUAUCAGGUCAAAGCCAGGAUCGCCAGAUACACAAGGAGUUCAGCCUCGCGACGACACAGAGUUCCCAAUGGUGACUUCAAACCACACAAGUCUCGGUACCGGAACAGCACCCACGCCCGGAGACUCACCUGAGGCUGAGACAGAGAACAAAGAUACGUCGGAAUCCGAAGGACUGGGCUCUCUCAUUCUCGACAAAAUGGAGGAGAGCAAACUACUCUCCAGCGGCGAAUUUCUGCCCGAGGGUCUCCUAGUCAAAUUUCUCACGAACAAGUCUGUCUAUCGAGAGCUCACCGAGGACAAAAUUCCCUCGGAUGACGUCAAUGACUUGGUUGAUUUCGCUCUCCAUCAUGCACGGAAGAUCUUCGCAACUUUGCUGCUCCUCAACCAGAAGGGUGAAACGCUACAAAGGGCCAUGCAAUACUUCCGAAGAGACAAGAUUGGAGACGACUUCCUGCCUAUCACCGACGAAACUAGAGACAAGAUCCCGUUCUUAGUCAACAGAGAAGGGCCUUGGGGUAGGGUGGCAGAGAAAAAUUUUCGUCAAAAGCAAUGGGCCUUUCUCGCCCCUGAACUACCACCACGAAAAGCAGAUGAGCCGAUUCUGAGAAUAGAUGCCAAUAUCCCCCUUCCCUUCAUUGAGGCAGAGAAGUUCGAUUCAGGCGCCUUUGGGGACGUGUAUAAGACCCUACCGAGCGAAUCAAAUAUCCGUCUUCCAGAGUUGAAAGGUCGCUGGAUGGCUGUUAAAUAUCUGAAGGAUCAAAGCCCCAAAGGCGACAGAGCAAGGCUGAAACAGUAUGAGAACUGGACCAGGGAAGUGGAGACUCAUCACAAGAUCAAACGCCUUGGUCAUCGUCACAUUGUGGAAUUUAUCGCCGCGAUUGAAAGGGGCAUGAAGCGCUACCUUGUGUUUCUGUGGGCGGACCAAGGAAACCUGCAGUCGUUCUGGGAGAAUCAUCCAUCUCCGCGAAUCUCGGUCACUCUCGUGGAGGCCGUUGUUCGACAAAUUCAAGGGCUUGCCGCUGCACUCGACAAGUUGCACAACUACAACAAAGAACCAGGGGCUGGUGCUGAGAGUUCAGUCCGACAUGGUGAUCUCAAGCCGGAAAACAUCCUCUCCCAAUCAACGCCAGGUCGACAAUCAUCAGCGGAUGAGCCUGACAUUGGCACGUUGAUGAUAUCUGAUCUCGGGUUAGCCAAACUCCAUUCCGUGGGGACAGAUGUCCGGGAUAGAACCAGCACGCGAGCAACAACAUGGAGGUACCAGCCACCCGAGGUUUUUACCCUGGAACAGAACCAGUCUACAGGGCGGUCAAGACGGUAUGACAUCUGGUCCAUGGGCUGUGUCAUCCUGGAGUUUGUCAUAUGGCUCCGGUACGGCAAUGAAACACUGAGGAUAUUCAACGACAACAUUAUUCGGGUAACGCCCGGGGGAUUGAUCAUGGAAAAUGGGAGCGCUUCUCCUUGGUUCGAAAUACUCCACGAUCAUGACCAGACACAAAAGGCCCAACUGCAUCCCAUUGUCGAACAGACAAUGGAGUUUAUGUUGGAAAAUGAUCCAGAAUUCCAGGGUGACACGGCUCUGCGUGACAUCAUCCACCUCAUCAGAGACAGGUUGUUAGUGGUCGAGCUUGGGCCGAGCAACAGUCAGGAGAGGACCGGUGCUGGUGCUGGUACUGGCUCCAAGACUCCAGCCACAGGCCUUCCCACUAGUGAAGUGGAAGGUGAAACACUGCUUGCUCAGACUUCUUGGAAAGAACAAGCCGUUGAUCCCCCAGAAAGAGAUCUGCCCGACGCCGGGAUCUCGAUUGUCGUUGAUGGGGCAGAGGAGCCAAGUUCAGAGAGCUCGGCCAGCAUGCGCGCCAAAUCUGAAGAGCUUAACGACAGACUACUGGAGAUUCUGGAGAAAGGUAGGGACAACAGGGAGUACUGGUAUAGCGGAACGCGUCGUGUAUUGCUUGACAUGAACAAGAUCAAAGAAGCGGCGGGUAUCAGCAACUCCUUCCCCUCGCCAGAUGCAGCAAGAAAUGGCGGCCUUCUUAAUCCGGCAGGCAGAGGAUUGGCCGCAUCGUCCGCUCAAGCUAGAAAGGUAUGUUGA